AGGCAUACGCGCACGCCAGUCGCCGAUUCGCCGUCGCCUGCGUCGUCCGCGCCGCGCGGCAAGAAUUUUCCAACUACGGAAAAAUUGUGUCGCGAGUGCCUCGGACACAAGGCAAAAUUGACACUUGUGUGUGUCCUUCACCUUACCUGUGUUAGACUAUCCUGACUCUGUGUUGACGUGAUGGAUUGUGUGUGUGGCGUUUAAGUGUGUACAUUGUGAUUUUCUUUGCGACAGCGCCCCCGGUCCACCCUUCUGUCUUUGAUACUUCCUUACCACGUAAGCUGGAGUCCAUUAACAACUUUAAAACAAAAGCUGUAAAGUUCCACUAUGGAGGCGACACGGCAGCUGUCGGCUCAUUGGCUGUCUACAAUAGUUCUUCUCUGCUCCUUCUGCACAACUCACUCGCUCAAUAACAAGAUUCACGAGCAUAUGACUCCAGACGAACUCCGAAACGUCUUCCACGUUGAACACCAAAGCCACGUGCCAAUAUACCAUCUAGUGCACUUAACUCACCACCUCGCGAGACGGAACAUCCUCGCCUCACAUCCCUCAAACUCCCACUCAUUUAACCCCAUGAAAGUGCCACACGAAAAGAUCUCAAAACCAAUGAAAACUAACCCACCAUCCCUCCUAAACGACGAGAUGUUUGUCAAAGCAAAGGAAUACAUCAAAGACGUUGAUUUAAUCGGUGAUCUAAACAAUACAGUGAGCGUGCGGUUUAACGUGACGAAUUCUAGUGAAAAUAGUGAUAGUGUUAGUGAUGGUGAUAAAGAGCAUAUGGUUGAAGACCAGGAGGAUGAUGUGCAUAAGAUCGAAUUGGAGGCGUUUGGGAGACAGCUGAAGUUGGUGCUGAAGAAACAGGAGGGGUUGGUGAAGAAGGAUGGGUUGAGGAUGUGGAAAGUUCUGACGAACGACUCUCAGCCACACGGGGUUGAUUAUGAAGAAAUGAAAUCGGAAGACGGAGAAGAAAUCGGGGAUCUCUACCACGACGACGAGAAUGGAGCGGCCCUGCUUAUUAGAAGACAUCCGAAACACGGCAAUCUUGUGGUGGAAGGCUCAAUAGGCCACGACAUGGUGAUCAGGCCUAUCCCGGACUCGAUGAAGGCGACCGCCCCUGACGACGAGAUGUUCAUGGACCCAUCCAGCAUGGAGGACAUGGUCUCCAUCGACACCGGACUUCCUAUUGUACAGAGAGAUAAGGCUGAACAUGAAAGUUUGCAGCGGGCACUGAAGGGCGCUGCACACGUCAUCAUUAAGAGGGAUCCGGCGCAGGACGACCACUCAGGCGAUUACGCGUUCAUGGAGCCAGACCAUCUCGGCAAGCGGUUCAGGCGGAGGAGGUCAGCCGAGGCGCACAGCCGGCGCAAGCGGGAGGCGCCCUACGUCAUCUACCCGGAGAUCCUCGUCAUUGUCGACUACGAUGGCUACAGGUUACACGGAGGCGACAAUCUGCAAAUAAAACGCUACUUCGUCUCCUUCUGGAACGGCGUUGACCUCCGGUACAAACUGCUAAAAGGGCCCAGAAUAAGGAUAUCCAUCGCUGGCAUUAUUAUAUCGAGGGGUCGGGAUGCGACACCGUAUUUAGAGAGGAACCGCGUGGGCCGCGAUGCCAUUGAUUCGGCAGCCGCGCUCACUGACAUGGGCAAGUAUCUCUUCAGAGAGAGAAGACUGCCAGUGUACGACAUCGCCGUCGCUAUCACCAAACUAGACAUGUGCAGGAGACAAUAUGCGAACGAUGCGUGCAAUAGAGGGACCGCAGGAUUCGCCUACGUCGGAGGUGCUUGUGUGGUGAACAAAAGGUUAGAGAAAGUGAACUCAGUCGCCAUCAUCGAGGACACUGGUGGUUUCUCCGGUAUCAUUGUGGCUGCUCAUGAAGUUGGACAUUUACUCGGAGCAGUUCACGACGGUAGUCCACCACCUUCGUACUUGGGAGGCCCUGGCGCUGAGAAGUGCAGAUGGGAAGACGGCUUCAUCAUGUCCGACCUCAGGCACACGGAGAAGGGCUUCCGAUGGUCUCCUUGCAGUGUUCAGAGCUUCCAUCACUUCUUAAAUGGUGACACCGCGACCUGUCUAUACAACUCCCCGCAUGAAGAUGACUCAUUACCUCGAGUGCUUCCUGGACGAUUACUCACAUUGGACGCUCAAUGUCGGAAGGACAGAGGGACCAGUGCGUGUUUUAAAGACGAACGGGUCUGUGCCCAACUUUUCUGCUUCGACGCAGCAAGCGGAUACUGCGUUGCUUACAGACCCGCGGCUGAGGGAUCGCCUUGUGGCGAUGGACAGUAUUGCAUAAACGGACGGUGUAUAACGGAGCACGAGAAUAUUAUACCGGACUACUCACAGCAUACGCCGAGCUACGUGCGACCUGAGACUAGUCCAUUUUACGGAAACAUAACGAGUAAGGAGGCCACAACACAGCCAUACAUACCUAGCACGGAAGCACCAGAACCGUACAAGCAUAAAUACAAUUCAUAUUACCAAAAGAGUACAAAGUCUGCAUACUUUUCGACAACGGCGUCGACGACAUCAACAACUACGACAACUACAACAACCACGACACCGCCACCAGACACAACAACGACAACUACUACUACAACGACGAUGACACCAACAACAACCACAACUGCAAAAACAACGAUAAAUCCGUUCAGAUUUUUCUACUACGGUUCUACGAAACCAAAAACUGAAACCACAGAGAAAUCAACAGAGGCGAACAAACCGUCAAGUACAUAUCCACCAUCUAUAAACAAGUAUUCUGUAACAUCAACUAAGAAUCCGUACGAUUUCAAAGAGUACAGCACCAAAUCAACUAAAGCAGACACACCAAAACGUGGAUUUUUUAACAAAGAUGAUCUGGACAGCUACUUUGGGAGGGGCACAACCAAAAGUCCCUUCUCAUUUAGUAAAGGGAUAAAAUCUUUAUUCAAAAUAGGAACAUAUUAUUCAGAGGGGAAGUCAUUGGACAAUUCUAUAAGACCAGAUGCAAAUUCUCAGCAAGUACAAAUUGAACCAGCCAGAUUAGUCUACUCUUACCAAAGGAAUUUGACUUCAGGGGAGUUAAUAAGAACAUAGAAGUGCCAAAAUAACAUAUUGUAGCCGCCACUAGCGAAACGAGCGGAGUAAACACUGAAGACUGCUUUGCUGGACUAAGAGACUGGCACAACAGUGCCAAUAAAAGCCUGGACAUUGAAUAUCUAGGCAGUCCCCAUCCAGCCUACUUAAUACAAUACCGAUUGUGAAAAGUGCGCACAUACCUAAUUUGAAUAUUACCUCGGUAAUACUCUCUCAUAUUGUGAUAUUAAAUAUUAUGUACAUAUGAAUGUGUGAGUUAAAAUAAAAUUCAUUAUAACUUCUCAAUAAAUAGUAAGAGGUAAUAUUUAAUAUUCAGCGGGUAAUCAAAGAAGUGUGACGCACAAGUGUGACUAAAAUGUGUCUGAAGACAGGACUUAGUGUCAGACAUAGUUUUGUGAGUGAUAUUAUAAUGUGAUUGUGUUAUCUUUAAUGAACUUUUUAAGUACAUUAUUAUAAUCUGUAUAUUAUUGAUAAAGCCGAUCACUGCGAGACUUGAUGAUUCUCAGUUUGGUUUUGGAACUACUGUAGAAAUAUCUUUUUAGACUAUACUUUUGUAAGCUGUUGUAAAAAAUAGUAUCGUUUUAAGGAUUCAACAAAAACUGCCACAGAGUGCCUUCUUAUAAAUAAUAAGCAAAGUAUAAAAUUAAGGCUCACAAUGGACAUAUAGAUCACAAUCUUAUUUGGACUUUAUUUUUAUUCUGUUAUUUUACUCAACUUCUUGCACUUUAUGAUACUCACGCCUGUAGUGGCAUCACUAAAUUUAUUUUGAAAAACAGGAAUCCCUUUUAUUUUUAUAUUACUUUUUUUUCAUUUUUGUGUUGUAUUUACAGCGACUGGUUCGCAUUUUGUAAAGCGGUUAAGGUCGCAUAAAGAGGACAUAAAUUACUUUAACAAAUAUAGACGGAACAUGAUAUCUGCACAGCAGAUCAAGUAACUAUCUACAGCCAGGGCCAGUUAAUCUCAGCUGAUUGAAAGGAAUUAGAGAAUAGUAUUUUAGACUGAAAUGGCAAGAGUAUGAACACGCUCGAGGCUUGAGUAUUUGAAGAUAAACAAUUAUAAAAUGCCAGUGUAUAUAGCGGAAAAUGGUCCUGACUGACAUAAGUUAGGGAAAGGGUGUAGAUAUGCUAUUGUUUGCAGAUAUCAUUAGUCACUCACAGCAGUUUUCAAUGCCCUAUUCAGUAAUGUCAGUGUAGCUUAGAAUGUUUUUAUUUGGUAUGGUAUUUUGAAUUGAAAUUUUUUUAGGCUGAACUAAUUAUUUGCACAGCAACCAAAAGGUGUUGAACUUAUAAUAUUAAAAUUAAUUUGAAAAGUUAGAAAUACUUACUUCUGUCAGGAUGAUUUUUGUAGCCGUUUUUUUUCUAUAAGUUUACUAAUAUUUUACAAAAGGGCAAGUUAUUGAAAAUGGCUGUUGUUGUCCCGCAAAGCUUAGAUAAUAUUUUCUAUAUUUGUUUUCAUAAUUUAUUUUAUCAAAAUAUUAGUUUAAGUUAAUUUCUCUUUCGUUUUAAAUAGCAUACUUGUGAACAAACAAAUUUUAAACUUGUUAUAGUAUAAGUCUGUUUUUAUUUCUAAAUUUAUUUAUGUGACAUAGUUGUGUAAUUCUAAAAGUUACCAUAGAUUAAAAACUAAAUAUAGAUUUUGGCAGUUUAGUUUAAUAGAUACAGCGAGCUUCCAACUUUGACAUCACUUGCCUUUUGUAUAAUUAUUUAUUAUAUGCCAAUUAUUUAUAUAUAAAACAACUUGUAAGUUUUCUCCUAAAUUGUGUAAGUUUUAAGAAAAAAUAUAAAAGAACGAAUAUGA